CUGACUAGCGCACCCUCACCAGUUGGCAAUAUCUAUGUCGUUGCACCCGAACCCAAUGCGGAGGCGGGAAGAGAGGUUGUAGAUGAGGAUUUGGGGUCCUUACUUCUUUUUGGCUACGGUCCAUAUCGGAAAAUUCAUUAAUCCUUCAAUUUUGAUGUCCAGUCUCAGUUUUUCGCACUUCUUUAUUCCUCAUUACUUUGCUCUUAUUCAACGAACAUGGAGGACAAAAACAAAGAAUCGGAAGAGACAACUUUGCAGGAUCCCGUGCACUUGAAUGAUCUCAAACGUGCCGACGACGACGUACUACUAGCGACAUUGGGAUACAAGAGCCAAUUCAAGCGUGAAUUUUCGCUUAUUGAAACUGUAGCAUUCGCAUUCUCCAUAAUGGGCGUUGUUGCUGCGGUUUCUUCGACAUUGUCUUUCGGAUUGGUCGGUGGAGGUCAUGUUGGACUGGUGCUUGGGUGGCUCAUACCAUGUCUUUUUGUCUCUACGAUAGCCUUAUCUAUGGCCGAGCUGACUUCUUCGAUGCCAACGAGCGCAGGUCUCUAUUACUUUGCCGCAAAGCUUGCUCCUCCUGGAUAUGGUCCACUUGCCAGCUGGAUUACUGGUUGGGCAAAUAUUACGGGGCAAAUCGCCCUCGUGUGUUCAAUCGACUUCACCUGCGCUGAAAUGAUCAGUACUGCUAUCUCCGUUGGCUCAGAUGGCACUGUCGUACUGUCUUCAGGCGCAACCUACGGCAUCCUCCUGGCCAUCCUAUUCACGCAUGGCAUAGUUUGCUCUGCAGCAACCAAGACACUCGCUCGUCUCAAUCUCAUUUAUGCUACAAUUAAUGUCGGUACCACGGUUGCUGCCAUUAUCGCGCUUCUGGUUCUUUCGGGGAAUAAAAAAGUGUCUACAAGAGAAGCUUUUCUGGGAUACCAGAAUAGCUCUGGUUGGAUGAACAACGGAUGGGCGUUCUUACUCUCGUUCACGGCCCCAAUGUGGACAUUGACGGGGUAUGACUCUGCAGCACACAUAUCAGAAGAAGUGGCUGGGGCCGCUCGUGUUGCACCGAUCGCCAUAUUAGUUGGUGUUUCAGCUACCGCAAGCCUUGGAUGGCUGCUCUUGAUUGCAGUGUCCUUCGUCAUCCCAUCCAUAAAUGAUGUUCUAGCGUCGGAUCUGCCUUUACCAAUGGGACAAGUGCUUUUGGAUGUCCUUGGGAAACCUGGGAUGUUGGCCAUCUGGCCGUUCAUUAUCAUCGUUCAGUACGUAUCGGGUGCAGCACAGGGCGUGGACGCAUCUCGAACUGUUUUUGCCUUCUCAAGGUUGUCCCACACGAUUUUUCUCUAUGAUUUGCGCUAUCUCUCAAUCUAACCUACUUUACAGGGACAAUGCAUUGCCUGGCUCACGAUGGUGGAAGAAAAUUGACCAGGAUUCACUGACUCCCGUGAAUGCUGUGUGGUUUGUCAUGGUCGCCUCGGGGAUUUGUGGGGUAGUCGGAUUCUCAGAAGCUGCAUUCACUUCUCUUGCUGGAGCUUCAAUAAUGGGACUGUACACCUCAUAUACCGUUCCCAUAUUUCUGUCUGUGAUCGGAGGGCGAAACCGCCUGGUCUCAGGCCCUUUCAGCCUUGGCAAAUGGUCUAAGCCCAUUGGAACGAUUGCGGUCUCAUGGGUUUCUUUCAUUGUUGUGCUGUUGCUGUUCCCGUCAAGCCAGAAUCCGGUGGCCGAUAAUAUGAAUUAUGCGAUAGUUAUUGUUGGGGGUGUUGUUGUGUUUGCGAGUGCCUCGUGGGUGCUAUCCGCACGGAAGUGGUUCGACGGACCCGUCAAAACCGUGCAAAAAAUCGAUAUCUGACAAGGACGAGCAGCAGGCUGCAUUAGCCUUAUCAUUAAUCGUCGCGUCCCCGAUAUUCGGAAUUAAUUUUUGGCAUUCAAAAGUAGUACCCCCUCAAUCACGAGUUAUGUACCCGAGUAGAUGGUGAAAAAUAUAUAUAGAAGAAAUGAUCUG